UUUUUUUUUCAGGGAAGUAUCAUUCCUUUAUCUCAGUGAUCAUUGAAUAAUUUGGUCAUUCUGCUAUGGGAGCCGAUGGCGGAACUAUUCCAAAGCGAUGUGAAUUGGUGAAAAAGAAGAAGAAGGCUGAGAAACUUGAUAGAAGCGUGAAAAAUGCUUCGAAAUGGAGGAAUUGCCAGUUGUCACAGCAGCCGUUGAAGAAACCAAUCAUCGCUUGCCGAUAUGGUCGUUUGUACAAUAAAGAAACCGUCAUAGAAGCGAUACUCACUAAAACUAUCCAGAACUAUGAGGCUGCUGCACAUAUCAAGGGAUUGAAAGAUUUCAAAGAGCUGAAACUGAGAGAGAAUAAGGACUUCAAGAAAGACGAAGUAAAAGGAGACGAAUACUUGGACAGCAACCAGUCCGAGUUCCUCUGCCCAGUAACCUCGCUACCAAUGAAUGGCAUCAAUAAGUUCAUUGUAAACUGGAAGUGUGGCUGCGUAUUUUCGGAAAGAGCAGUACAAGAGGUGAAAUCAAAUGUGUGCUAUGGAUGCUCUGGUCCCUGGGAUCCGAAAGAUUCGGUGGUCUUGUAUCCAGAUGAAGAGCUUCUAGAGGAAUACAAACAGAAGCUAGCAGCUGAACGUGCAGAGAAAAAGAACAAGAAAAAGAACGGAGAGAAUGGUGUAGAGAAGGUUAACGGAGAAAGCGCUGAGAAGACUGUUGUCAAUGGUGAGCAUAAGAAGGAGGAACACGGACACAAGAAGGACGCUCAUAAGCAUCUAACAAAUAGCGACAAGGAUAAACUCAAAAAAGCAGAAAAGCGGAAACUUGAAAGCGAUAUUCAGUCUGAUCCCACAAAGUCAGAGGCUUAUAAAAAAUUGUUUACAACUUGUGAAGAGGCGAAGAACAAGCCCGCGCAACAUUGGAUUACCUACAACCCAUUGUAUUAUUAG